UAGGAGAGCCUCAGGUCCAGUGUUGGGACCAGACGCGUUCCAUAUAUCGCAGAGCCACAUCCCUGCACACACCGCUGACUUUGGACCCUGGAUCCCCACGUCCUGUUUGCGCCUGCUGGCCCCUGAGUCCCCCAUCUGUGCUCUUGGAUCCCAGACCCCCGGAUCUCCAGGCCACCGGAUCCCCAUCCACACUCCACCACCCUCCCCUCAUCUGGAUCCCAGACCUCCGAAUCCUCAUCUGUGAUCCUAGACCUCCACCCGCGCUCCAGACCCCUGAGCUCCGAUGCACACCUCGGCCAUGCUCCACCUCGGGCUCUGGCUGCUCAGCGUGUGGUGGCUGCAGGUGGCCGCCCCCAGCCCCCCCUUGCCCCACGUGGAGCAGUACGAGGUGGUGAGGCCCCAGCGCCUGCCAGGUCCUCGUGCCCGCAGAGCCCUGCCCUCCGGCGUGGGCCUGUACCCAGAGAGUGUGAGUUAUGUCCUUGGUGCCCCAGGGAACACCUUCACCCUGCACCUUCGGAAGAACAGGGACCUGGUGGGCUCGGGCUACACGGAGACCUACACGGCUGCCAAUGGCUCCCAGGUGACCGAGCAGCUGCAGCGGCAGCAGGACCACUGCUUCUACCAGGGCCAUGUGGAAGGGCACCCUCUCUCCGCUGCCAGCCUCAGCACCUGUGAUGGCCUCAGGGGCUUCUUUCAGGCAGGCUCGGCUGUACACCUGAUUGAGCCCCUGGAUGGAAGCGGGGAAGAGGGGGAGCAUGCGCUCUACAAGGCACAGCACCUGCAGCAGAAGGCGGGGACCUGCGGGGUCAGCAACGCCAGCCUGGAGAGCAUGCUGGGCCCUCGGACCUUGGCAGCCUUCAGGCCCCGGAACCGGCCACUAUCCCGAAAGACCCGCUUUGUGGAGCUAUACGUGGUCACGGACAGCAGAGAGUUCCAGAAGCUGGGGAGCAUAGACGCUGUGCGCAGGCGGGUGCUGGAGGUGGUGAACCACGUGGACAAGCUUUAUCAGGAACUCAAGUUCCGCGUGGUCCUGGUGGGCCUGGAUAUCUGGAACCACGGGGACAAGAUUCAGGUCAGCUCCGACGCCGGCGUCACGCUGGAGAACUUCCUGACCUGGCGGGCACAGAACCUGGUGGGGCGGCACCCUCACGACAACGUCCAGCUCAUCACCGGGAUCGACUUCGCCGGGGCCACUGUGGGACUGGCCAAGGUGUCUGCCAUGUGCUCCCAGAACUCAGGGGCUGUGAACCAGGACCACAGCCCGAACCCCAUCGGCGUGGCGUGCACCCUGGCCCACGAGAUGGGUCACAACCUGGGCAUGGACCACGAUGAGAACGUCCAGGGCUGCUACUGCCCCGAGUCACGCACCAGGGGCGGCUGCGUCAUGGCGGGCAGCAUCGGUUCCACGUUCCCCACACUGUUCAGCCAGUGCAGCCAGGACGACCUGGAGACGUUCGUGGAGAAGCCCCGUAUAACCUGCAUCGAAAACGCUCCGGACCCCGACCGCCUGGUGGGCGGCCCCGUGUGCGGGAACGGGUUUGUGGAGCAAGGGGAGCAGUGUGACUGCGGCUACCCGCAGGACUGUCGCGACCGCUGCUGCAACACCACCACCUGCCAGCUGGCCGAGGGGGCCGAGUGUGCCCAUGGUGCCUGCUGCUAUGAGUGCAGGGUGAAGCCGGCCGGCAAGCUGUGCCGCCCCGGCAAGGACGACUGUGACCUGGAGGAGUACUGCGAUGGCCAGCGGCCCUCUUGCCCGGAGGACGCCUUCCAGGAGAACGGCACGCCGUGCCCGGGGGGCUACUGCUACAACGGGGCCUGCCCCACGCGGGCCCAGAGGUGCCAGGACUUGUGGGGGCCAGGCACACAGACUGCCCGGGAGACGUGCUACUCCUUCAGGGUCUUACCAGGCUGCCAGAGCAGUGGCCGCCUUGGUGCCGAGAGGACCGAGUGCGAGUCCCUGCUCUGUGAAGGUGGGCAGAAGCCUCCAGAGCGGGCCUCCUGCACCUUCACCUAUAACUCAGCCAUUUGCCAGGCUCUUAACCUGGACGGUGGCUCUGGGUUCGAGCAGGUGCUCGAAGGCACCAAGUGUGGCGACAAGAGGGUGUGUUGGAAAGGACUGUGCCAGGACUUCCACGUUUACCGGUCCAGAAACUGCUCCGCCCAGUGCAAUGGCCAUGGGGUGUGCAACCACAAGGGCAAGUGCCACUGCCAACCGGGCUGGGCCCCACCCCACUGCACAGAGCUGCUGGCCGAGUUGCGCGUAGCAUCCGGGAGCCUCCUGAUGAGCGUGCUGGUGCCUGUGGUGCUCCUGGUGACCCUGGCACUCACCGUGUUGGGCGUGUUCAUCUACCGCAAGGCUGGGAGCCGCAUCCGAGGGAGGAAUGUGGCACCCAAGACCGCCAUGGGGCUCUCCAACCCCCUGUUCCAAAAGAGGGGCUUCGGGCCAGAGACGGGCAUGGCUCCGGCCCCCACCACGCACUCCCCAGUGCCGGUUACUCCCAUGUAUGCCAACCACUCCGGCCCGCUCCCCCGGCCCACAGCUUCUGCAGUGACCCCUACACGGCCACCCCCUGCUCCUCCGGCCACCAUGUCCAGCCCACCCUUCCCAGUUCCCAUGUACACCCAGCAGGCCCCAGCCCAGCUCAGACCUGCUCCUCCCACCAAGCCCCUCCCGGAGCAGAAGCCCAGACAGGUGAUCAAGCCAACCUCUGUGCCUCCAAUGCCACCCGUCAAGCCCAAGGCUGGAGGGGCCAACCCUGGAACCACUGAGGGAGUUGGCCCAAAGGUUGCUCUGAAGCCCCCCGUCCUAAGGAGAUGAUGCCCCUUGGGGCACCCGCGCACCUGUCUGCAAGCUGUUCGUGUUGAGAGAACCCGGUGCCAGCCCCUGCAGUGCCCCCAUAGUGGGCUGGGCCCACUCUGAAAAGUCCCGGCAGAAGAGCUACCUCCUCGUGGCCAAGGUCUUGCUUCAGCAUCCCAGGGUCACAGCCAUGGGCCUCUCGGUCAGGACUCUGCUGGGGUUCCUGGCUCUCACCCACGUUGGCCACACUCAGCUCCGCCAGGCUGGGGUCGGCUGCUGCGUGGCCUGCGUGUGGGUGUGUCCGGACCGCACUGCUGUGCCCUCCGGGCCCCCCAGGUGGAAGGCCCGUGUGCUGUGCUUCCCAGUCCUGCUGCUGUGCUCCGGCACCCCCAGACUGCAAGCCCCUCAAUUUUCAGAGCCUGUUUCCCUGCUAUUUAAAAAAAAAGUAUGGUUUUACGAUUAAAUUAUUGAUCAACUUUUAAA